AUGGAAUUGGCUGCCACCACCUCCACUAGUAUCCGAAAUAUCGAAGUUGAAUAUCUUAAAGACCAGGCAGAAAAGAGACAGAAGGAAGUUGUGGCCACUCAAUCUAUACCUGCAGAGGCAUCUUUGCCUACUCUAGCCCCUGGACCUUCAAAGGCCAGAAUGUUAGUGUGUGAGCACGAUCAAGAAGCCACAGAGGAAGUAACAGCCGUAAAGUCCACCAUUGCAGAACUGAAGAAAGAUAUGGAUCACCUAAAGUCCACUGAUAUAUCCAUGAUCUUUGGAACACUGGAAGUUCCAGAGGUUCCCGAAAUGCCCCAGACUGCCGCAGGACAUGGAAAUGGAAUAGAGCAUAUAGCUGAUCCUGAAUCGAAAGCAGAAAUUGACGAAGAGAUAUUUGAAUAA